AUGAGUAGCAUCAAAACUCAUGAUAAAGAGUUUAUCUCUUCUUUUCCAGAGACUGAGAAAAACCUCGAAGCUGAAGAUUCCAAAAGUACUCUUUCCUUUAAAGAUGGAUUGGCUGUACCCAAGGGUGAGAUGAGGAGAAACUUCUCCAACCUAAGUCUUGCUAUGAUUGGGUUUUCUUUAACUAACAGUUGGUUGGGUAUUUCUUCAAGUUUGGUUACUGGUAUCCAAUCAGGUGGUCCGAUUUUGAUUGUUUAUGGUAUUCUAAUUGUGGCUUCUGUAUCAGUAUGUAUUGCUGUAACAUUGGGUGAAAUGGCUAGUGCUAUGCCUUCAGCUGGGGGUCAAUAUGUUUGGGCAAGAGUUUUGGCACCUAAGAGAUAUGCUAGUUUUUGGGCUUAUAUAACUGGAAGUAUAUCUUGGGGUGGAUCUAUCUUUACAUCGGCAUCAAUGUGUUUGGCAUUGGCUUUGGAAUUGUUGGGUUUUUGGAAUUUGAAUCAUCCAGAUCAUGUUACUAAAAAAUGGGAAAUUUUCAUCAUUUAUAAUAUUGUGAACUGGUUUUUAUUUUUAUUCAAUGUUUGGCACAGGUUCUUGCCAUUAAUUGGAAAUAGUAUAUUCACUAUUAGUUUGGCUUCAUACUCAAUUAUUUUGAUUACUGUGUUGGUUUGCUCAAGAGGUCACUACAAUUCACCUCAUUUUGUCUUUGUUGAGUUCACCAAUGGUACAGGAUGGCCAUCGAAAGGGAUUGCAUUCAUUGUUGGAUUGAUUAACCCAGCAUGGUCCUUCGCUUGUCUUGAUAGUGUCACCCAUUUGAGUGAAGAGACUUCCCAGCCAGAGAGAGAUAUUCCAAAGGCUGUUUUAUCCACAGUGGCUAUUGGUUUCACUACUGCGUUUACCUAUUCCAUUGCCAUGUUUUUCUGCAUACGUAAUCUUGAAACAAUUAUCAACUCCACUACGGGUAUGCCCAUUCUCGAUAUUUACUAUCAAGCAUUGAACAACAAGGUUGGGGCUACUUGCUUGGGAUCUUUGGUGUUCCUUACUGCUUCUGGAUGUACCAUUGCUUGUCAAACAUGGCAAGCAAGAUUGUGUUGGAGUUUUGCUAGAGACAACGGCAUGCCAGGUUCCAAAUACUUGUCCAUUAUUGAUCCAAAAACUGGUGGUCCAUUAUAUGCCCAUUUGUUCUCCACAGUAAUUGUCAGUAUUGUCUCAGUAUUAGUGUUUUCUGAUGCCGCAUUACAAGCCACUGCCUUGGCAUGUGUUUCAUUUUUGAUCAUUGCUUAUGCAAUCCCAACGAUUUGUUUACUAGUGAGAAGACGUCAAAUUCGUCAUGGCCCAUUUUGGUUGGGUAAAAUUGGAGCUUUUUGCAACUGGGUACUUUUGGCGUGGAUGGUUUUUGUUUUGGUGUUUUUCUCAUUCCCUGCAUACUACCCAGUUACAGCUGAAGGUAUGAAUUAUUUCUGUGUGGUAUUGGUGGUUUACGUUGCAUGUAUGCUUAUUUAUUGGUGGUUCCCUAUCAAAAAAUAUGCUUGCAAAUACAAUUUUAGAGGUGGUCAACAUAACAAAGAGGAAGUGGAAUUUCCGCAUGUUUGCUUGACUGAAUGGUAG